AUGUCUGACGAGUAUGACUCCGAGGCCGAGGCCUUCUCUGGGGGAUCCCAUCGCUACCAGUCAGACCCGCGCCAGGGCCCCCGUCAUGAAGACGACUACGAUCCACAAGGUCAAUACGCUUACCCUCCGAGCGCGAGAUUUGCCAACGAUAUACCGCGAAAUGUCCCUCCACAUUCAACAGCUCCUUGGGAGCUCUCUGGCCAUGUACGCAGUCAGGAAGGAUCCAACUAUACUCAUUCUUCAAGCUGGCCCAAUAACCAAAUGUAUGGUCGAGGUUAUGCACCUGAAUAUGCAGGUCAAACCUUUGACGGCCGCCAGGAACCAGUGUAUGAAGAUCAAUACAACGGCCAAGAGGAAGCACUGCGCUACGACGCCCAUGAAAGUUACCAGCAUGAAAGUUAUCAGCCUCAAUCUAGCCGGCCGCAUGUAAACGGAUUCCCCGGAUAUGGGCCACCGAUGGUACAUCCGGGUCCCCGCCAUGCCAGUUACCCCGAAGAAGAAGCAACCGAGCCACCCCUCGGACAUCCCGUUACCUUGCCGUCGGACCGGGUCUUAGAUCGUCGAUAUAUGCGGCAGUCGCCCUAUUACUUUCGUGAGGGUAAGGUCUUCUCAAUCCUGUGGCAUGAAAACGAUGGGCGAGGAGUCGCCAAUGAGACCCUUGUUAGCCGAGGUCCACAGUAUAGAGGCCGCUUCGGCGAACCGAUCUAUAGCACUAUUCGCCGCAUGGUGGUCAUAAAGCAGUUUGAUCAGUGUUCAUGGUGCUUCGCGCUACUCAGCGCGAUAACCACUUACGGUGGUCGUGGUGUUGCGAAGCGCGGCGUCGAUCCGGAAAAGCAUGCGAUUGUAUAUAUGCGAAGCACAAAUCCGGAAAUGGGCCGCAGAGAGCCAAACAUGAGCAAGGAGCCUCUAGAGGUCGCCCCGGAAAACCCCGAUGAAAGACUGGAUCCCAUGUCGAGGCUAAACUUUGGCAAGAUCUAUACCGUGGAGCAUAAUGUCAAAGUGCUCCCUAUCGGUAGAAUAACAUCUGGAUCAAUGACCAGGUUCCGCCACUACGCCAGAGACGAACUCGCGCUGUGA